AGGCGAGGGCCAUUACUCAUAGUCAUUCCAUAGAUUUCUGGGCGGCCAACCACUCAAAUUCCCAAAUUUUGAAUUUUGAGAAAAUGGAAAUACAAACACCCAUCCGCUACACUUGCUCUCAUUCAAAGCCCUGUCUCCGCCUCUUUAUCUUUCUUAUCUCCGCCUCUCACGUUUCCACCAUAAAACCCUAAGAAAACCCUAAUCAUCUUCCUAUUGCAUUCUUCACUUUCUCCAGAUAUGGCCAAAAAGAAGAUGUCCCACCCUCAACCCCAUGACCACAAUCUACAUCAACACGAUGCCCCUCAUCCUUAUCUUCACACCCAAAACUCCCAUUCCCACCAAUCUACCCAUAUAGAUGAUCCUUUUUAUAAGCUUGAGAGCCUCAAGAACCUCAACUCCAUUCUUCUCAAGGAGACUGCUGAACGCCGCCAACAAGUUGACUCGCUCAUUCAGGACAAAGAGGCCUUGGAAUCCGCCUUCAGCCGUUCUGCCAUGGAGAAGAGAGAACUAGAGUCUCAGCUCUCUGAGACGGCAGGCGAUAAUGUGGGCUUGCUUUUGGACAAAGCUGUGGUUCUCGUUUACGUGCAGACCCAGGUGAGGGAAAUAGAUUCUCGCUUCCAUAGACUUGUGGCUCAGAGAAAUGAGAUUGAGUCUGCUAAGACUGAGAGGGAUGCUGAGAUUGCUUUGUUGAAAGGAGAACUGAGUAAGCUUACGGUACGUCUUGAAAGUGAGAGGGACCAGUUGAGUAGGCUGAGCCGGGAGAAGGACGAUUUGAAAUUUGAUUUUGACGGUCUGGUUGAUGAGGCAAAUCGAUUGAAGGAGAGAGUUAUUGAAGCGGAGAAAACAGAGAGAUAUCUUCGGAACGAUCUUGAGAAGCUAAUGAUAGACGGUGAGAAGUUGAGGGAAGAAAAAGAUGAGAAAGAAGGAGCGAUUAGAGAAUUGACGGCGGAAAGAGAUUUUGCUCUGAGAAAGUCGGCAGAGUCUGCCAGGUUGAUUGAGGAGUUAAAGGGAGAGAUUGGCUUAAUUACGAGGGCCAAGUGCGAGUCCGAGGAGCAAAAAAAUGCACAAGAACAGAAAAUCAUUGGCCUGGAGUUAGAGUUGAGCAAACUCAACGAGUCUCUCAAUAAUAGUGGGGAGGAAGAGACGAUUAUGCGUAAGAACAUUAAUGAGUAUGAAAAGAAUCUUGCUCAGGCGUUGGAAAAGAUCAAGACUAUGGAAAUGGAGAUCGAUGCCUUGCAGAAGGACAUAAAGGGGAAUGAACAGAGCAUUAAGAUGUUAACGGAGCGAAGAGAUAGUUUACGCGAGGUUCUGGACGUGGUUCAAAAAGAAGUGGAGGAGAAGCAGCACAUCGUCGAUGAGGCAAUUAGAGGGAAAACCGAGACUGAGCAGGCGAAAGUUGGCCUGGAGAAUGAAAUCGCUGAGCUCAACAGUGAAAAGGAUCAACUGAAGGAUGUAAUGCACAAGUUGGAGGAGUCAUGCAGAGACUUGGAAGAGAAGAACAGGCAAUUGCUUUCUGAAGUUGACCGCUAUAGAAAUACUGCUGAAGAAGCCGUUACUAAGAGGGAUAAUAUCAAGAGGGGAUUUGACGAGGAGAAAGAUAGAGUGAAGAACUUGAUUUUGGAGGUUGCUGAAUUGAAGGACAAAACUGAACAAACUGCAGCAGAAUUAGGGGAGAUGAGAAGUGAAAGGGACAAGCUGAUUCAGAGGAAUGAGAUGAUGGAAAGCCGUGUGAACAGUUUGGCGAAGGAGAACGAUGUGUUGCAGCAGAGCCUUCUGAAUGCUCAACAAAACUCUGAUGAUUUAAGGGCUAAGAUUGAAUGUUCAAACCAGACGCUGGCGCUGUUGAAGAAUACUGCCGCGCUCGUGUGCCAUUCUAAGAGUGAUGAGAGUGUAGAAGAAGUGGUCUUGAUUGGGAAGAUUGAUGAAGAAUUUGUGCCAUAUGCUGAAGAACUCGAUGCUAUUAAAAAUGCGUUCAGGAACAAGAAUAAGAUGGUGGAAGUCAUGAGGCAACAACUUGUAUCACUUGAAAGCUCGGCAGCUGAGGCACAGAAAAGGAAGGGUUUGUGGGCUCUGAUCUCUUCUGUGACUACUAUUUUCGCUGCGGCAUUAGCCGCAUACGCUGCUAGAGCACGCUGAAUUAUCUUCGCUUUUCUUUUUGGUUCUCACACACGUUGCUCUGGUAAUGGGCUCAAGUUGUUCUUGUUUUCAUUAUGAUUUAGUACUUGAUCUUUCCACCCUGGAAAAACAACCUUGUCAAACUCGAACCUGAGAAAUAUCUAAACUGAUCAUCAAGUGAACGACUU